AUGGCAGACUCUCUUCUCUCCUCCAUUGCCACCUUUCACACGACAAAGAUAAUCAUCACGGAUCCCACCAAGUACUCCUUCAUUGGAUCCAUUCCAGACACCAUGCUUGCCUGUUUGUCUGCAGCAAGCAAUGUUCUGCAACAAUACAGGAAGAUUCCUUCUUCGGGUCCAAGGGAGCUCACGCCAGCCAUGGUUCGCUCCAAUGAAGAGGAUGACAAGCCAGCCAAGAGGGGAAAGAAAACUAAGACUCAGAAGGAGACGAAGGUUACUAAACCAACCAAGGGAAAAACCCCUAAGAAGCGAAAGUCAGAUAAAGCUACUCCGUCACAACCUCAACUGAAGAAGCAGAAAAAUCCCGCUCGGAGACUCAUACUCCAAUCUUCAAGCGAUUCAGACUCAGAGUAUGUUCCUCCCAAACACAAAUCUGCUCCUCCUUCAGAAUAUGACAGCGACAGCUCUGAUGAUGAGGCUUCAGGUCGUGGUGAUACCCCGUCUCGCUCGCCUGCCCCAGAAAUACCAGUUCGCUCCCUACCUCCUUCUCCUCCACCUGUUACCAUCCCAAUAUCCAUCCCUCCAAUAUUUCCUAUCCCUACCUCUCAACCAUCAACCACUAUUCCCAGCCCUAUUCCAAUCUUCACAGACACUACCACUACCACCACUAAUAUAGGGGCUCAUUCUACAGCUCCCACCCCACCUAUUACAAUCGAACCACCUGUUACAACCGAACCACUAGUAACAACCAAACCUCCUAUCACUCCCAAACCCUUAUCCCCUACCCCAUCCACUGACACCACUCCAGUUCUAGGCGGUGAGGACUUAGAAUUUGAUUCCACUUAUUUUAGUCCUUACCGGGUACAAAGUGAUGAAGACGAUGAUGAACCUGUCACCAAGCGUCGUCUCAAAGCAGUCAAUGACAAACUCGAUCAACUGCUUUCCUCCUCUUCAUCUGGGGCUUAUUCUGAUGCUGCUUUAAAGGCUUUAUUCUCCUUCGUAGUCCAAGAACACAAUGCCUCCCUUACUGCUGCAGUUAAGGCUAUAGAUGCCUCCACUUCCCAAUGCCAAAAAGCCUCCCUUGCAGUUGAGGCUUCCACUAAGGAAUGCAAAGAAGCGACCGCAAAAGUCAAUAAACUAAUUUCUGAGGCUCACUUAUUUUUAGAUUCUUUUCAGGCGGCUACUCAGAAAAAUUCUCAAACUGUGAACGCUUCGAUUGACAACCUUCAGCGUUCUCUUCAAGCUGAAUUGUCCAACCUUGAAGUUGCUCGUCAAGAAAUCGAAUCAGCCAAUUCCACUCUGCACAAGAAUUUCAAUGAUCGAUUGACUCAAUUGGAGGCAAAGUUGGUUGUGGAAAAUCGCAUCAUGGAUGAACUCGACAAAAGAACCUCUCAGCUGAAGAUGCAGAACCUCAAGCUUCGCACUGCCACAGCUGAGCUCAAUGAUUUGAAGUCUGAGAGGGAGAAGUCAAAAUCUUCUGAUAAAGAGCUUGAAGAAAAGUUUAAGAAACAAAAGGCUGAGCUGGAGCAGAAGCAAAAGAAAAUGAGCUCCUGGAAAAGAAGAAGUUCGUUUUUCCUGAGUGGACUCUUGAUUCGCUCCAAAGGUGUGCUAUUGAUGAACCAAGUACACUUUGGCUUAAGCAUGUGA